AUGGGCGUGGUGCGGGGCCGCCUGGCGCCCGCCUACCCCGCGGGCCUGGGCGCCUUCGGCGUCUACCUGCGCGGCUACCACGGCGCGCUGGCCGAGUGGCUCGGGGCCGCCGCCCGCCGGAGGCUGCCGCUGACCGACCGCUACGCGCUGCUGCACUGGCACAACCAGGUGUACCCCAGAGAGGUCCUAGGGCUGGUGGACUUGGUAGCCCUAGAGAAUGGGGAGCUGGGGCCCCUUCUGUCUCCCGGCACCCUGCGGGGCUUGGAGGACGAAUGCGUCACAGACGUUAAGGCUCAGACGCGCGCAGCCCUGCUUCGGGUGCUGCAGGAGAACGAGGAGCACUGGGGAAGCAUGGAGGACCGGCCCAGCAGCCUGGCGCAGGAUGUGUGCGAGCUGCUAGAGGAGCACACGGAGCGAGCACCCCGCAUCAGCCAGGAGUUUGGGGAGCGGAUGGCCCACUGCUGCCUGGGGGGGCUGGCAGAAUUCCUGCAGAGCUUCCAGCAGCGGGUGGAACGAUUUCACGAGAAUCCGGGAGUUCGCGAGCUGCUACCUGACACUUACGUCAGCAGGACCAUCUCCCUGGUCAAUUGCGGGCCCCCACUGAGGGCUCUGGCGGAGCGCCUGGCCCGGGUGGGCCCCCCCGAAAGUGAGCCGGCCCGGGAAGCAGCAGGCAGCGCGCUGGACCGUGUGACCCGGCUCUGCCACCGAGUCCUGGCUGACCUGCUGUUCCAGGAGCUUCAGCCCUACUUCAACAAGCUGAUGCGCAGGAAGUGGCUGAACAGCCCGGAGGCCCUGGAUGGCAUCGUGGGCACGCUGGGCGCUCAGGCCCUGGCACUGCGCAGGAUGCAGGACGAGCCCUACCAGGCGCUGGUGGCCGAGCUGCACCGGCGCGCGCUGGUGGAGUACGUGCGGCCCCUGCUCCGCGGGCGCUUGCGCUGCCGCUCAGCGCGGACCCGCAGCCGAGUGGCCGGGAGGCUCCGGGAGGACGCGGCGCAGCUGCAGCGGCUGUUCCGGCGGCUGGAGUCCCAGGCCUCGUGGCUGGACGCCGUGGUGCCCCAUUUGGCCGAAGUCCUGCAGCUGGAAGACACGCCCAGCAUCCAGGUGGAGGUGGGGGUGCUGGUCCGGGACUACCCAGACAUCAGGCGGAAGCACGUGGCAGCCCUCCUCGACAUCCGGGGCUUGCAUAACACAGCAGCACGCCAGGAGAUCCUGGCCGUGGCCCGGGACCUGGAACUGUCUGAGGGGGGAGCCCUGUCACCCCCUCGGGACCGCGCCUUCUUCUCAGACAUCUCCGUGCCCCGCCCACCUUUCUGCCUCAGCCUCCCUCUCUUCCUGGGCCGCCUUCCCCUCUCCAGGGUGGCCAGGCCUGGUUUGGCCUGUCUGCCCCGACUUCGGCCUCUGUCUCCAUCACGGCCCCCUACCCAACGCUGAGACUCUCCCAGCCC